GAUGGGGUGAGAGAAAGAGAAAGCAAGAAGUGAUGUAGACUAUGCAGUGACAAUUGACGGCUGAGAGAGGUUGCUUGAAAUUCUGCUGAAACCUCUCCUUUUCACUCUCACUUUCUCACCCACUCAACAACAUUCAAUGCUCAUUCCCUCCCAAACACACAAUUCUAAAUCAUCCUUGUAUUCAUAUUGUUGCAGAUUGAGUUCAGUUUUGUUCCUUUCCCAAAUACGAUGUUGAGUUUUGGUAGGCUUUGGACUCCAAACACGCUUAUUGGUUUGGGUUUGGGACAGUUUCUUUCUCUUCUCAUCACUUCCACAGGCUUCACUUCUUCUGAAUUGGCUAAAAAAGGAAUUAAUGCUCCCACUUCACAGUCCUUUCUCAACUAUGUGUUCUUGACGUUUGUCUAUGGAACUAUUCUCUUAUACCGAAGGAAACCACUCAAGGCAAAAUGGUACUAUUAUGUAAUUCUCGGAUUGGUUGAUGUGGAAGCAAAUUUUCUUGUUGUGAAGGCAUACCAAUACACCUCACUUACAAGUGUGAUGCUACUUGACUGCUGGUCAAUUCCGUCUGUCAUGCUUCUUACAUGGCUUUUCUUAAAGACUAAAUAUAGAUUCAAAAAGAUUACAGGUGUAGUUGUUUGUGUAGCUGGCCUUGUCCUGGUUGUGUUUUCUGAUGUUCAUUCAGGUGACCGUGCAGGUGGAAGCAAUCCUCGUAAAGGGGACCUUCUAGUUAUUGCUGGUGCUACACUGUAUGCAAUCAGUAAUGUCAGCGAGGAGUUUCUUGUGAAAAAUGCUGAUAGAGUUGAGCUUAUGGCAAUGUUAGGUCUCUCUGGUGGCAUUAUUAGUGCCAUUCAAGUAAGCAUUCUUGAGCGCAAUGAACUUAAAUCUAUUCAUUGGUCGGCUGAGGCAGCGCUUCCUUUUGUUGGAUUUGCAGUGGCCAUGUUUAUGUUUUACUCUUUAGUUCCUGUUCUGCUUAAGAUCAAUGGUUCUACCAUGCUAAAUCUGUCUCUGUUGACCUCAGACAUGUGGGCUGUCUUAAUUCGAAUUUUUGCUUAUCACGAGAAGGUUGAUUGGAUGUACUUUGUGGCAUUUGGUGCAGUUACCAUUGGGCUUGUCAUCUAUUCAGGUGGGGACAGAGACGAGGAUCAGAACCCUACAAAUUCUGGCGAUGAUCUUCGCCCUACACUUAAACAAGAUGAGGAAGCGAAUUCAGGAAAUCGGAGUAAAGGAACUAUGGCUGGAAGCUCAAAGACCUGGGUAGCUUAGAAUAGACCUACAGAUUAUUCAUACAUUAAUUUAUGUUUCUUCGGAUGCUGUUCUUGUUCACAUGUCUUGUAAUUUUAAGGAUGCUUUGAUUUUCGUUACAUUGAAUUUUGAGAAACCCUCCAUCAUCUCUGAUCAA